ACAAACAAAACAUCUGUUGCACAUUCUCACGGUCAUUUGUUUUUUAGAUAAGUUUUUUUUUUGAGCUUACGUAUUGACCUCGAGGGCGCAUUAAGAGACCAGAAUGAAGUUCCUAGUAAAGUUUGUGGCUAUUGCUUUGUGCUUUUGUCUGGCAUCCUGCCAGACCAUUGAUGAUUGUCCUCCAGGUGUGCCUAGAGACUCUCAUCUUGCAGUAUUUAAAGGUGCGUGCUACCAGUUUGUUACGUCUUAUCAAAGGACUCACGCAGAAGCCAGGCAGAACUGUGAAAGUCAAGGCGGGACUCUGGCUUUGGUUAAGACAGCAGAGGUCCAGAACUACCUCUAUAACGCCUUGACCUAUAGCUACCGUGACUAUCACGACAAAUUCUGGAUUGGCUUGAAUGAUAUCGACAAGGAGCAGGAGUUUAAAUGGGAGGACGGGGCGCAGCUUACCUACAGCAACUGGGGCCGACCGCCCUUCUCCGAUUCUUACGACUGUGUUUUGAUGGACCUUGAAUUGGACGGCCAGUGGACGGAGUACCCAUGCGAGACGUCCCACUUUCUUUUUCUCACUUUUCACGAGAGGCACCCUUACAUCUGCCAGUACAGCCUGGUACAUCAACACGAUGCCUCCACCUCCACAACAGUGGUCAGUAUCGAAACGACACACGUUACACCCCAACCGGACACCUUGGAAACGAACAGCAUUGAAACGUACUCCACCGUAACGGAUACCGCAGAAACGGGGAGCAUCACAGAGUUAACCACCGCCGAAACAGACAGCGAUACAACAGCCACCACCAUCACCACAGCAGUCACCGGCAACACGGACACCACAGUGCUGAUCAUCUCCAACUCUUGUCCGGCUUUCUCCUGCGAUCUGGACUGCGGCAUGGAUGGGUUCCAGAAGAACGAGACCACUGGAUGCUCAUUAUGUCAAUGCUCCGUUUAAGACUGCAAUUGCUCAGCUACAAUAUCAAAUCAAACUUGUGGCGAUAUUUGGAUCAAUACAUCCUUUAUUGUUUAGGACCACGGACAUUUUACCACCGGUAUUUUUAAAGAUUGCGACUAGGCCUACUUAAAUCGUCACCUUUGCAAAACAUUGCUUUAAUGUAAAAUAAUUUUAGAAUUAAAAUAUUUUUGGUUUUAAACAAAU